AUGCAGCACUCGCCAGCGCCACCAGGUGAUGGCGGCGCUGAGGGUGUAGACACUGCACACAGUGAGCAGAACGCGGGCUCCAGCAGCAAAACCAGCAGCAGCAGCAGCAGCAGCAGCAGCAAUAGUUCUCGCCAGACGAGCUCUACUGGGCUGCGCCCGCGGGCUGCUUUCCCCCAGAACGCAAAAGAGUCCUCCAGGGCUUCUUCUCGGGAGCUUCCGACCUACGUAGAUGUGGCCGCCUUCCCAUGCUACCCGGCCCAAGAGCAUAAGCAGCAGCAGAAGCAGCAGCAGAAGCAGCAGCAGCAGCAGCAGCAGCCCCUGGAGGGGAACUCGUGCAGUGUCCGAGCGCCCUUAGACAGAGGGGAGUCCGCAGGAUGGAGCUCGCGGGUGUGCCUGGCCACAGCUAGCAGCAGCAGCAGCGCCAGUUUGGUCUCUGCUUCCCUGCGAGCCCGUGCUGCUGAGCUCUGUCAGCAGCCAGAAGUGCAUGCGCAGCUCUUCCUAAUGCUGAGGUCCUCCCAGGGGCAGCUAGCUGCCAUGUGCAUGAGCCAGCUGCCUCCACAGAGUUACAUUUCCCUCAGAGACGAGACAGGACACACUUUGCUGCACUGGGCAGCUCUCUGCAAUGAGCGCAGCGUCAUGAAGCUUCUCAUUGAUGCGGGGGCCGACGUGAACGCGCGCGCGACUGAGACGAAGCAGACGCCGUUGAUGUGGGCGGUGACAAAGGACAACACUGCAGCUGCGCGUUUGCUGCUGCAGCACGGCGCCGCCUUGUUUGAUUACCAGAUGAGCAACAGCGAAGCCAAGGGGUCCCUUGAGGGGCCCCUGCAGCCUCAGGGGCUUCCGGACUACUGCCCCGAACGCCUGGGCCAGAGCCCCCUGCUGCAGGACUCUAAGGGGGGCACUUGCUGCACCCUCGCGGCCCAGCACGAUGCCCCCAAGUGUGUUCUGCUGCUUGCUAAGCUUCUUGGCCCCGCAGCUUUUGCUGUGCCAGACGCUAGUGGCUCCACGCCCGCGCACUGGGCCGCCUUCAAGGGCCACACACUGGUGCUGCGUCUGCUACUGUAUUUUGACGUGGAUGUCACGGCUGUCGAUUUGUUUGGCUGUCUGCCGCUACACCGGGCGGCCGAAGGCGGCCACUUAGAGGCUUUCCGAGCGCUUGUAGAAGAAGGCGGCCAAGACCCCAGUGAACGCACCACGAAGUCACGCCUAACGCCGCUAGAUAUAAUAGCUGCGAGCAAAACAGUCAAUCCUGAACUCACAGCUUAUGUAAAGAAGCUGCAGCAGAACCCCCAACUGCGAAACGACCCCCGUAACCGCGUGUUGACAGAGGAUGACAUGCGGGUGCGCUGGGACUGA